UCGCUUCUGCUUUUUUUCUUGUCACCACUUGAAGGGUACUUCUGCUGUGAUGGGAAGGCAAAAGGACAUUCUUGCUACUAUUGAGGAGCAUCUGAGGAUCAGAAACAAAUUAGUGCGGCAAGCGCUGGCUGAAUGCCUGGGGACUCUGAUCCUGGUGCUGUUUGGCUGUGGCUCUGUUGCUCAGAUUGUGCUCAGCAGAGGGACUCAUGGUGGUUUCCUGACUGUCAACCUGGCCUUUGGCUUUGCUGUGACACUUGGCAUUUUGAUCGCGGGACAGGUAUCAGGUGGACACCUGAACCCAGCUGUUACUUUUGCCAUGUGCUUCUUGGCCCGGGAGCCCUGGAUCAAGCUACCAAUUUAUGCUCUAGCACAGACCCUGGGGGCUUUCCUUGGAGCUGGCAUAGUCUUUGGGCUGUACUAUGAUGCGAUCUGGGCUUUCGGCAGUAACCACCUGUAUGUAACAGGACAGAAUGGCACUGCUGGUAUCUUUGCCACCUACCCUUCUCAGCAUCUGAACAUUGUGAACGGAUUCUUUGACCAGUUCAUUGGCACUGCCUCCCUGAUUGUUUGUGUCUUGGCUAUUGUUGAUCCCUACAACAACCCUGUCCCCACUGGGCUGGAGGCUUUCACAGUUGGCUUCGUUGUCCUUGUUAUUGGAACAUCCAUGGGCUUCAACUCUGGCUAUGCUGUCAACCCUGCCAGAGACUUUGGGCCUCGUCUCUUCACAGCCAUUGCUGGCUGGGGCACUGAAGUGUUCUGGACUGGUAAGCAGUGGUGGUGGGUUCCAGUUGUUGCUCCUUUCCUUGGGGCCAUUGCGGGAGUGAUAGUCUAUCAGCUCAUGAUUGGAUGUCAUGAUGAGCCUUCUCCACCUGCCUCUGAGCAAGAAACAGUCAAGCUGGCUAAUGUGAAACAUAAGGAAAGAGUCUGAGGAAGCUGCCACACAGAUCUGGCAGACUUUCAUUACUCAGGACUGCAGAUGGCAAAGAGGAGGGAGGAGUUAAGAAGAGCUUCAAGAACAACAGGAAAAGUUGGUUUUCCUGUCCUGGUAUAUUCUAGCCUUUUGUUUUGGGGGGGCUGUGUGUGUGUGUGUGCAUAUCCCUGAUGUAUUUGCUUUAGGUAUUUUCUUGUGACUCUUUCCUCAGAUGCACUAUCAUGUAAUCAUUCCCUGGUCAAAGGGUGUUGAGGACAGUAGGAGUCAGGGGAGAAGUGGGCAUUGCUGUCCAACACAGGCCAAUUUUUCAGGAAUCUAGAGCUUUUUUUGGGCUGUGUUUCUGGUCUUGUCUGUGAACUUGGCCAACUGCUUCCCUCCAAACACCUGCAGAUUUAAUUAUUUUUUUUUUAAAAUUUUUGCUGGCAUGGAAUGGAAACUACUACUUCCUGGAAAAAGAAAUUGCCUGUAAUUCUACUGUAAAUCAAAUGCAUACUUGGUGUUUCUCUAAAGUCAGUAACUUGGCACCACGAAUGCACUUGUUUAAAGUAUUUUUUUAUUGGCCAAACUUUAACUCCUGUGAAUUCCUAGAACAUUGUAUCAAUCAGCGAUCCAUAAUAUCAGAGUAGAGAGUGAUAAUGCAAUACAUCUUAAUUUAAUAGCAAGAUAAAGAUGUUUACAAACCACUGCUCCCCAGUGUCCUAGUAAUUCUUAAUAUUGCCAGGUCUGAGAAUAUAAUUCUUCUUCUAGCCAGGGGCUAAACUGGAAAGAAAGCUUGGCCUCUCUGUGGUAUCCCUUCUAAUUAAUCAGCUUUGUGCAUAGACUACAAGAAGUUAAUGGCCAAGUUUUCCUGGAAACGUGGUAUUGCUAAAGUUGUGUGCGUUCGUGUAAAUUUCACAAUAGUGGUCUCUUUUUUUUUU